AGUUCUCCUCUGGCCGCCUGGGUGCCAUGGCAACAGAGACAGGCUGUAACCUGGGUUCCGGAAGAAGAAAGCUGGAGCGUGGAAACUACCCGGUCAAAGGAUGCUGAGUCCCGAGCGCCUAGCUCUACCGGACUACGAGUAUCUGGCUCAGAGACAUGUCCUCACGUACAUGGAGGAUGCAGUGUGCCAGCUGCUGGAGAACAGGGAGGAUAUUAGCCAGUAUGGCAUUGCCCGGUUCUUCACUGACUAUUUUAACAGCGUAUGCCAAGGAACUCACAUUCUCUUCCGGGAAUUCAGCUUUAUACAAGCCACACCUCAUAAUAGAGCAUCAUUCCUUCGGGCCUUCUGGAGAUGCUUCCGAACUGUAGGGAAAAAUGGUGACCUGCUGACCAUGAGGGAGUACCACUGUCUGCUGCAGUUAUUGUGCCCAGACUUCCCGCUGGAGCUUACUCAGAAAGCCGCCAGGAUUGUGCUCAUGGAUGAUGCCAUGGACUGCCUGAUGUCUUUUUCAGAUUUCCUUUUCGCCUUCCAGAUCCAGUUUUAUUACUCAGAAUUCCUGGAGAGUGUGGCUGCCAUCUAUCAGGACUUGCUAUCUGGGAAAAACCCCAAUACAGUGAUUGUCCCAACAUCAUCCAGUGGGCAACACCGCCAACGACCUGCCUUGGGUGAUGCCGGUAUGCUGGAUGGAGUGGAAGCAUCACUGUUCUAUCAGCGCCUGGAAAACCUGUGUGACCGGCACAAGUACAGCUGUCCACCACCAGCGCUUGUCAAAGAGAUCCUGAGCAAUGUCCAGAGGCUGACUUUCUAUGGAUUCCUUGUGGCCCUCUCAAAGCAUCAUGGGAUCAACCAAGCCCUGGGAGCUUUGCCAGACAAAGGAGACCUGAUGCACGACCCAGCCAUGGAUGAAGAGCUGGAACGGCUGGUGGUGAGGUCGAGGCUGUACCGGACCCCGCAGCAGCAAAGGGGCAAGGAGCCAGGGGCCUUUGGCUUUGAAGGAAGAGACAAGCUGGAGGCCCCGGAGACAGUGCCCUCAGCUUUGGCACCAACGCCCAACCCAUAUCGGUGGGAGCCCAGAGAGUGAGCGAAGGGCCACACUGGGCAGGGAGGCAGGACGGAGAGGACACUGACCCACAGGGCCCCUUGGGGGCUUUAUUUUGACACCACUUUGUUUCAAUACAAACAGUGCUGAAAGAAAGUCAUGUCCCUCUGGGGAGGGAUGAGGGAAGAGUGGUCUGUGUUGUUUGGGAGCCCAACCUGCAAUCCACAGGUAGAGGUUGGGCCAGACUGCCAGUGUGGCAGGUGAGAUGGCACCAAGGAGGACACAGUGCGUGGCCCAGCUGCCAGUGGGUGGAGCCUGCAGCUGCAGGCCCUCACACUCUCACUGGUUGAUGGGGUGCUGUCCAGGACCCCUAAACCAGGAUGAUGCAGAUGAUAAAAGCUGAGCUCCAGGGCUGCUUUCUCUCAGUCUUAGCUUCCUCAGCUAACAGGUUCACAGCAUCCAGGCAGGACACACAGAUGAGACUCACCAUAGGGCCAAGGAGGACACAAAGAGGACCUCAAGCAUAGACAGAGGGCGCUGUGACCCACAGUAAUGGUAGAUAAAGGCUCUCAAACACCUAGGCAGAAGUCAGCCUUCAAGGGACAGCUGUGACAAUGGAAGAGUGCUCAGGCCUCCGGGCUAAUCCCAAAUAAAACCUUUGGGUACCAAGCAAAAGUUCUAGCUCUUGGUGAGCUACCAGGAUCCUUCUCCUAACCCUUCCCUGGAACCCAGAAGAGGCCACUGACAGGAACAGCAGUGACGAGUCCAGAACUUCUCCCUGAGGGCUGAUACAGCACAACUCUUGCUAGGCCUCCCCUGUUUCCAGAAGAUGGACGCCCAAGCCCCCAGACCACCUACAAGGAUCCUAGAGCCUGCAGAAGCCUUGUGCCUUCCCUCCUUGGGGAAGAAUUAGAUCCAUAAAGCCAUCCUGAUGGAGCUCCCCCCUCACUCCCAGUGCAGCAGGCCAAGCAGCAGCAGCUUUGGGGCAAGACUGGAGAAGAACACUAGCAUGGAGGGAGAGUGUGAGGGGAUGAGGACAAGGACUCGAUGCACAGGCUGAAGACAAGGGCUGAUGCCGACCAUUCCCCGCUCCAAGAUCCUCCCAAGUCAUCCAACUCACACACCACACACACAAAGUCAACAACUCCCCAGACCCACAAGACCGGCAUCUCCAGCCUGGGACUCAGGGUUCUUGCUGUCGUCACCACAGGCCUGAGCCAUGGAGCCUGGAUCAGUAGGAACCGUAGCGAUCCUGAGUGGGGAGAAUAAAAACACAAAGUCAGAGCCUCCCACAGAAUGAGGGCUGGCUACUGCAGAGGGCUGGGGACCCCCAUGUUGGAAGUUUGUGGUGGAAGCUGGGGUAAAAGCCACCUGGAUACUAAGGAAAAGGCAAGUCCUGCCUGGCAGAACCUGGGAGGAGGAGAGAGCAGUACAAGGAACAAGCUUAGGCAAAUCAGUGCAGACACAUUAUCACCUUAGGGAGAGGCUUAGCCCAAACUCAGGGAUGGAGAGUAACUACCCUGCCAAACCCAAGUGCUCUCUAAAGAGCUGCCCAUGGCUACUCAGCAUAUUAGAUACAGUAGAAGGCAAACUUUUUCCCAGGUCCAGCAGCGCAGCCUCACCUGUAAGGAAUUCAUCACACCAUUGGCCAGCACAGCCAUCUUGCCAGCCACAGACUUGACACCCUGCUUAAACUGGGCAAUGUCAGCUGUAGGAAGUACAUUCCCCAGAGAUACAGUUCCUGUAAAAUUAAGGGAAGGGGUGGUCAAGAGCUCUGCAAAAAGCCCUUCCCACCAACAGGGCACCCCAGCUGUGCUCAUCUGAUGCCAGUGACAACACUGAGGCCCUACCUCCUCCAUGAGCUCCAUCCAUGUUUCCAAAAAGGUCUGAAGAGCUGAUGGCACUGCUGCCCGAAAGCUGCUGUAACCGAGACCUAGCUUCAUACUGUGUGGGGAAACGACAAGGCUGGGCGAUCCUUGGCCAGUGAUAAAAGAACUCAUUUAUGCCGGAUUAGGUUAUCCCGAUGCUAAGGCCAAGAACAGAAAGGGAAGCCCCGGCUUCUACCUGCUGCCGCCACGCAGACAACUUCACUAACCUCAGAAUCCACCUCACGACCAAAGAACAUGUCGGACGAGAUGGCUUUGGCUCCUGCAAACUUCUGCCGUGCUUCACUGGACUCAAGGCCUGAGCUCCGAGUCUCCACUUCCCUCCGACUCGCAGUUCUGUGGGCAAGUGCAGAACACCUCUGUCCCUUCUCAUUACCCCCAGAGAAAGUUCAGAGACCAAAAACUGUAGCCACUAUGGCUUAUCACGUCUAUCCUGUGACUCUGAGAUUCAAGAACCUUUCCCCCAGUGAGCACCCUCCAGAAGAAAGCCAAGAUCUCCUCUCCCUUUUCUUCACUGAAGCCAAGGUACAAAGAGCCUCAACUACCUACAGCAGACAGAGUGAGGGCUUAGGCCCACUGUGGUCUCACUAAGUCGCAGAAAGAAGGUCGUCCUAUCAUCCCUGCUGCUGUCCUUGUCCUACUCAGAAUCUGAAGUGACCACAUCUGUUUAGCAGACUCACGCCGCCCACCUCUCCUGCCAUAGCCACUCAGUGCCACGAUCACUGUCUCAGAAUCUCGCUGAUGUGGGUAAGAGGGCUGUGCACUUCACUGAUGAUGCAGGCUCUAGGCUGGGGUUCUAUAACUUUCCUUCCAACAACCCAGUGAAGCUUACUUAUGUCCUAUUUUACAAAUGGAUGGUCUACAGUAACAAAACAAUGCUCAUAGUAGAAUAGAGUAAGAUUUUCAAAAAGCAAGGGACCUACCAGGUGGAAAACAUGGGUUUAAUUCCUAAUACUGCAGUCAAUCAAAACUAGAAGCAUAUAGCCUACGGAAGGAACAUCGUAACUGAAACGGAAAAUCAGGCUCCUCCCACCAUAAAACAGAUCCCAAGCUAAAAGCUCCCCACCUGUCUAAUGAAUGGUCACUAGCUGUGUGUGGCUAUUUACAAUUGCUAAAAUUACAUCAAAAACAUUAAAAUUCAGUUCCUCAGCAGCACCGGCUGAACAGCCACAAGCCAGUGCAGCUGUCAAUCAUUUCCAGCACUGCAUCAAGUUCUGCAGACAGCGCUGCCUGCCCACGAUACCUUUCUGAAAUAGGCCGGAUGCUGGAGAUGGUAACUUCAGGUUCCUUCUCUUCUACCCUGUCCAUACCCCAGGCUGCAUCUGAAUCCCAGCGGGAACCAAAAGUUUCUCCCAAGGAAAAGGGGUUGUCCUUGUACCUAGGGAGAUGGCAGAGUAAGCAGCUCAGAGAAACCUGUGAAGGAACAAAACAGCCAAGUCUAUGCCCCCGCAACAGCCUUACUUUGGGGGUCCAGAUGCAAAUGUUCCAACAUCAUCAAACAAGUCAAGCUGUGAACGGGAAGAUUUCGCACUCAGCGGGGUUUCCUGCUCAAUCAUCUGCAUCUCAGACAGCACAGAAUGGGAGAUGGAGCUGUGGAGAAAGCACAGCAGGCCAAAGGCUGUCAAUGAGCAUCAUCAGCUGUUCACGGACCAAGAGCAGCAGCCAGGCUGAUGGGUCUGUUUGUCCAACCGCCACCCACAAUGCAGCUCCUGGCCUGUGCACUGGGCCAGUCCAAGCAGAGAACUGUGCUCUGAACUGUGUGUGAUGACCUGGGAACAAACUCAGAAAUGUUAACAUACCAGCUUUGUUCUCUCAAAAGGCUUUUCCCUAGACAAUGGCUAUUGGUUGUCGUCUUAAUAAUGCACACCGAAUGAUGAGUGCUCAGCCACCA